AUGGUGGAACUCUGGCUGGUCCGACACGGCGCGACGGCGUGGAACGCCGAGGGGCGGUGGCAAGGACAGACGGACGUGCCUCUAAGCGCGGUCGGCGAGGCACAGGCGCUAGCACUUGGCGACCAUCUGCGCGCGCUGCAUGCGUCCCAGCCCUUUGACGCGAUCGUCUCGAGCGACCUGAGCCGCGCGGCCGACACGGCUCGCGCCAUCGGCCUUGCGCUGGCGCUGCCCGUGGCACUGGACGAGCAGCUUCGAGAGGAGCAGUACGGCGUGCUUGAAGGACACACG